CGUGCAUGAAACAGCAGAGAUGUGACAGAAGUUAAGUAGGCCUAAAUUAUGCAGAGCUCAGGACUGCAUGUGUUAAUGUGAUGUCAUUUUCUACUCUAAAAAAAAACAUAGAGAGAAAUCUUUUCAAAGAAUCAACGUUUAUUUUGACCAUAAAAUUUGUACCACUCUACUGCACAUGUGAAUGUACAUGUGAUUCAGAUCUAACCGUGAUCCCGUGCAGUUUAGGGGAAGCUGCAGUUUUCCAAAUGUCAAUGUGUGGACUUUGAACCGACAGAUUGUGCUAAAAUAGUGAGAGUUGAAUUCUGUGGCUUUUAAGCCUAUGCUUCAGGAAGAAUGAAAGAAUCUAAUACCCCAAAACAGAUUCCCAAGAGAGGGAAAGGUCGAAAAAGUGCUAGUCAUGUUGAUAAAGAUGAAACUGUGCUGGAAGAGAUAGGGAAAGACGACGGGAAUGAAGCAGUGCAAGACGUAGACAAUGCCAGUCCUGUAACAGUUAAACACAAAAGAUCAAAGUCGUCUGUUCCACAGGAAGUGGGUGAUGGGAAUUCAACCGGUGAGGAUAGCGGCGCUGGAGAAGCUUCUGAAAGCAACGGUUCUGGACGAACAAGCACAGAGACAAAGAAAAAUGAACUUUUGGAUAAAAGUUUGGCUGUUUCCUCAGAUGAAGGAGGAAGCACUAGGAAUCGAAGGAAGUCGAGAAAUCCGCAGAGGCGAGGAACCUGUCAGGAUGAGUCUGAGGACCUGGCAGGGGAGACAACCAAACCGGAGGGCAAACAAAGAGGGAGAAAGUCUCGGAAGCAAGGCCAGCCCAAACGAUCCUCUGUCGAUCCGAUCUACGGAGAUCAUGUGGUUGAUAUGGAGAUGGAUGAGCUGAUGCGGAAGUUUGGGAACAGUGAAGAUGACUGGGAAGAAGAAACAACUCCAGCAAAGAAGAAAAGGCAAGGCCGAGCAAAGAAACCUCCUCCAACUCCACAGAUUCAGUUCCCAACUCAGUGUGUCAGGUGUGGUUUGCUCUUUGACAAUCAGUCAGACAUGAGCAAGCAUAUGAUGGCGGCCCACCAAGCAUUGUGGACAGAGGAUUGUCCAGAAGGACGGACAGACAGACGGGCAUUAGGAGCGAUACUGAAAGCCAUGAAGAAACUGAAAUGUCCAAACUGUGACAACACACAGAGAUUCCUCCACGCUUACAUGGACCAUAUAGAGUGGUGUGGCAGAGAGCAUGAAACGUACACUUGUGAGAUCUGUAACCAAACUCUGAAGGCAAAGUGGAAGAAAGUUCACAUGAGAGACCAUCGGAACAAGGAGAAAAAGGUGGCCCAACAGGUGUCAGAGGCUUCCAUGGUGGACAAGAAUGGAGACCUGACAUCCCCAUUCAGGAAACAGAGAAAUGCCGCUAAAAGAGCCAUAAAACAUCUGAAAGAUGUACAAGACGACUCUUUACCAGAUGAUGACACCAAAAAAAAGUCAAAAGGAUCUGAUGAUGAAGCUGUCCUUAGCGACCAGUCUGGUGACGAAAGCCAACUCGACAAAAGUGUGAGACAGCCUGCGAAGAAAACAACUCCUCGCAGACCUGGAAAUUACCGCGGCUACAGACUGAACGACACCUGGAACGUCCCAGAUGAACAGGACUUCUUUGAACCCGUCUGGAAUUGGCACACAUCCCUGUGGGAGAACUCUGUUUUUCCAGACCUCUUCCCCAGAAAAAUUGAUUGGUCUGAAAGAUUAACCCAGGAAGACUGCGAGUUCUACUACCCAGUCAGCAAAGAGAGCGUCCAGGUGCGAUUCUCACUCAUCAAUCUCAAGUCCUCCGAAGGCUGCCGUGCCAAUCUGAGGAAAUUUGAGCGGACUGCCCAUGGAGGGUUUUUUGCCGGCGGGCCCGUGUGGGCAACAGCUUGGUGCCCUGUUCCACCUGACAGCCCUCAUGUGCAGUAUGCCACUGUCAGCUGUCACAGGACGAUGGAGGAAGAGCAUGGCAGCAUGGAAGUGUUCAGUGGGCGGGGCCUCAUCCAAAUAUGGGACUGUGGCUUCCUGAAUAUUGAUAGCCCAACCAUUAACCCGGAGUUCACACUGGGGCUGGCUCAUGAUUACGGUUGUGUGUAUGAUAUGUCCUGGUGUCCUGCUGGCUGUGACAGGAAACCACCCAGCAGUGUCGACCAUCAGGGCAAGGAACUGUUACCUCGGCUAGGACUACUGGCCUUGGCUUGUACGGAUGGAACUGUGAGGAUAUUCAGUGUCCCCGACCCCAGGGCUUUACAAGAAGAAGCUGGGACAUCAGAGAGGAUUGUAGUCAAACCUCCUCCAAUAUUUACCCUCAUCUCCACCUUCAAUGAGGAUGACCCGUCCCAUGGCUGCUGUAUGUGUGUGGACUGGGAGACAACCGGAGACAGGAGCCUUAUACUGGCUGGCUACGGGACAGGUCAUGUGUGUAUCUUUGACCUGAACAACCAGUCUACCCUGCUGACCCUGGGGGACUUCACGGGUCACGUAGAAAUCUUCCCGUUCCACACAUUCAUCGCCCAUUCCCUCAAGGUAUCAGCCUGCGAAUGGUCGCCGACGCAAGCAGGUUUCUUCUCUACUGGCAGCCGGGACAAGUGGUUUGCAAUUUGGGACAUCCGGGACACAAGUGACCCUGUGGUGCGUGAAUUUUGCACCCCUAUCACGGGGCUUAGCUGGUCGCAGGUCUGGAGCGAGCCACUGUGUGUCCAGGAUGACAGCUUCUCGUAUACGAACAGUCGUAUUCUGAGCUUAGAUGGUGCAUCAAAGAAAGGGGACCAGAGAAAGGUGGUGAUGCCUGGGGCUCCUGGCUGUAUAUGGACUAUCUGCGUGUCCAACUUCCUGCACACGGCCUUCACAGGGAACAACAUGGGCAUGGUGCUGGGGGACAAACUGGAUGACUCCUCGAGCACCGUGAAGAAAAAGUACCACAAAAAGCGACUUUUUUUCCUGUACGAGCUUGUACCAGAGUUUGAUGCAGAUAACAGGAAGAUUCCGGUUGUCAAGGAAAUAACCAACCAGAGCGAGCUGGAUAAGUCUGUUGAUGACUUCCUGACGCCUGCCAAACCAAAGAGCUCCACUGUGACCAGUACAAAGAAAGGCAAACCUGUGGCCAAAGUGCAGCCAUUGAGGUUAAAGUUUGAUGAAGUGAAAGACAGCUGCUGUUUACAUUUCAAGGAUAACUCCACGUUACAGGUCUCCCAUGGCGUACUGAGUGAUGAACGUUUGUUCUCCAGCGCUUUACAGGACACGCUUCCCGACGAUGACCACCAGAUAUUCCCGCUGCCUGCCAUCUAUUCUGUGAGCUGCAACCCAAACGCUGCCAGCUGUACCUGGGUGAUGACCGGGGGUCAGGCGGGCAUCGUCAGGUUCAGCAAUGUCAGUGGCUUCAUCACCAACGAAGCGCGCACGAUCUUACAGGACGCAGCCUUGUUGUCACCGGGCCUGUCAGAGACUGUGCUACCCAGCAUGUCGUGA